CAUUUUUAAUCUAUUUUAGCUGGAGUCCUUAACACAAUCAGAAUUGGCAUCAAGGUUGACACUCAAUUGUACGCCAUGUUACAUUCAGCCCCAAAAACUAUAUGAUAUACCAAUAACUAUUAUGGAUGUUUGGGAUGAAAGCGCACUUAGUUCAAGGGUUCGUGAGGAUCUUUACAAAUCAUACCCGCAAGCUAAACUAGCCCAUCUCAAAAGUGGCGGUAACUUCCCGUACUUGAGUAGAAGUGAUGAAGUCAACUUGCAUUUACUGAUACAUUUAAGGCAAUUUGAUGGCACAGAUAUUUCUGCAUCAUAUCUAAGUUUACACAAAAUGCCCAAUCAGAACCAAAUGAGCACUGAGGAGGGCACAGUAAGUUACUUUAAUCAAAGGGAUAAAAUGGUAAAGAUAUCUUGAGACUUUUCAUUGCGAUUAAAACCGAAUUUAGAACUGCAUCAAAAAUUAAGCUUCUUUGAUGUAGCCAAUAGUCAUUUAAAUAUAUUAAUAUUGAAAAUUCCUAUAUAGAGCUUGAAGGACACAAUUUUUAAAUCUAUGUUAAUGUUAUUAAAGUAAGUUGUAUUUGUAUACAUAUAUUUUAAAUUGACAUGCUUUUUAAUACAAUUCAUUGUAUAAAAUAACCAACCUUUAAUUUCUAAAUACAUAUUUAAUACUUAACUACAAGAAAACACUAUGAAUCUUAUUUCUAUUUUACUUUCAUGAAUACCAUGUUAUUCUUUCUCAAAAAGAGAAAACUUUUAAUUUUCUUGACCAUAUAAUGUCUUAAAUAUACAUUAUAUAUGUAAUAUAUAUAUUGAUAGUGUAACCUUAUUCCCUGAACUGCUAAUGAAAUGAUUUCUAAAGCACAGCUUAUUGCCCUGCACUAAAUGAAUUUAUUUUUCAACUUUGAAUAAGAAAUAACAUUCCUCUAAAUUAAUAAUUCCUAUAGUAAUAACAUGGGAUAAAUAGCAUUUUAAAACAGAAAUUUAAUAACAGUUACAUAUCUUUAUUAGAUUUACCUUUAUUAUAUAUCAGUUGUUCUAUGCUUUGGAUUGAUAAAACACACAAAAGGUUUAUAUAGAUAAGAAUGCACUUUAUAUCAAGCUCAAAUUUUUGAGUCAGGAUGUAGAUUAUUACCAAAAUGACCGCAAACAAUUACGAAGUAAAGAUUAAAUAUACUAUAAUAAGGCCAAGUUAUACUAGUUUUUGAGUAAGACCUUCAUCAUGUAAACAAAAUGUAGUAGCUGCUAGAAUCUAUAAAAUGUAAUAUUUUAAUGUUAUAUGCAUAAUGUUUAUAAACAAAAAUAUAGUAAUAUUAUAAGAAUGUGACGUGUUUUGUAAGUUUGUUAAAUAAAAACUCUGUCA